GCAAUUUCGGAGGUAGCGCUACGUCGCGUGCCUUGCGAAUAGUUUCCCUGACUACAUUCACUUCCGGGGAAAACACAUUUCUGAAUUUAUAUGUUUUCUCAUUCUUAUCGGCCGUCAUAUAUCAAGACUGCACUUAAAUACUCAACGUAUGCAUAUGGAGCAUCACCAAGACUUCAAAACAACGACCCUUUGUCCCAAAAACCACAUGAAUCCAAAGUUCUGACUGUUAAGAAAAGGGACAAUCCUCAGAUUGAUGAACUAUCGCUUAAUGCGGCUAUACUUAUCAAACAAUCUGAGUGUGCUCUAACUUCCAAGCACAUUCCUCCUAGGUUCCAAACAAUCACAAAGUGUUGCAAACAAUUUUGGAUGGCGAAUUUUCCCGAGUGGUCUCGCAUUCUUGAAAUAAAACUGGACAAGGACCCACACUUUCUUGACAGUCAUAUUUCAGAACCCGGUUUCCCGCAUAGUUUCUCUGCUCAGCUUUCAAAAAUUUUUAAUUUCAAUAUCAAACUAGCAGGAUUCUUGGAUUCAAGUAUUGCGUCAGGAGAGGUUUUUAAUUUUCUACGGUUUUGUGAUUCCGUUUACAAAGAAUCGCGAACAGCUAAAGGAUUUCGACGUGGCCAUAUUAUACAGACCUCAAUGGUUUACGAAAAGCUAGCAAAUUAUUACGCAAAAUGUGGUGACUGGAGUGGAUACAUUAAAUUACUGGAACGAAUGAAACGAGAGGGUUUGUUACCUUCAAAAAAUACUUAUUUCUAUGGAUUCGAAUGUUUGGGUAAACUUAUGAACAAGAAUGGAUCUCAACUUCCAUCGUCUUCGCACCCUCAGUCUAUUUCAAAAAAUAAAGCAUUUAAUCGCAUAACUCCCAAAUCAGUUAUACCUAUGGAAAAAAUUGGACGCGAAGCUAAAAAUCUAAUAGGUGCUGCUGAAAAGGAGGGACAUGAUCUAACUCAUGGUUUACUAGGUUUAUCUCUAGAAGAAGGUUCAUUGAGGAACAUUCUCACUGCUUUGUUGUAUGUCCGACCAAAUAUAAAUCCAAAUCUUAAUUACUUUAUACAUUAUUCAUCCAGUAAUAUUUCAACACAUACCAAACGUAUCAAGGAAAUAUCUCAUCCAGCUCAAAAACAUUUAGAUAGUGUUAAACACGAACGUAAAAAUCCUUACGCUGGUAUUUUUACGGAUUUUGGUGACAUUUCAAAGGCAUUUAAAAACCAGAUGUAUGUAGAACAAAUGACAGAAGUCACUGUCUCACCCGUACUUUCACCAUUCGGUCAAUCAGAAACUACCUCUUUAUCGCCAGAACUAAAAAAGAAUUUGCAUAAUGCUUUGAUUGAAGAACGUAAACACUGGCAUCAAAUCCUACUAACUGCCUUUAAUGAACAGUUGAAAAGGCUUAAAAUAAUUCAUGCAAAAGGAAAACUGACAGCUUAUCCAUUCCUGAAGAUCUUGCCUGCAUCAAAUUAUAUAGAUCUGAUGAUUUCGGGCAUUGAUAUGUUAAUUGUGGAUUCAGCUUUACAGUAUACCUCCUCAUCAAUUGCUUGUCUUCAACUUGGUCGGCGUGUAGAACGCGCUUGUACUGUAUACCGCCAAGAAAAAAUAGGAUAUUUUAAGCAGUUAGAAAAAAUGUACAUGACAUAUGCUACUUUGUUUAAUGAACAUGAAAUGAAAUUUUCUAAUUUCCGUCAUAUGUGGCUAUAUGCUCUACAAUCACGUAUAGAUCAAGGUCCGAAUACGCAACAUAAUUGGACUUCGUGGCCUCCAACAAUUCUUUUCAUGAUUGGUGAGGUAUUAUACAGUCUUAUAUAUGAACAUUUACGUUUCGACUUAAAUGGCCCACUUAGAGUUCGUCAUGAAUUCUCAAAAAGUAAUGAAAAGACAAGUAGUAAUAUUCGUCGUAAAGAUACUCCAGCUAUCUUUGAAGUUCUCGCAGAAUUCCCAACUGAAGUAACUAAUGAAAUUAAGGUUCAUCCAACGCUAAUUAACUGGUAUCGUGAUGCAGAUUAUCCACCCUUAAGUUUCCAUCCAUGUGCUCUACCUAUGCUUUGUCCACCAGUUCCAUGGAUCAAUCUUGAUGAUGCUGGUUAUUUGAUUUCAAGAAAUUAUGCAACACGUCUGAUUAGAUGUACCAGUGUUUCAUCAACAAAUCCAACUUAUCUUGAUGACUUGGACUUUGAUUGCAAUCAAAUUCCAUCAAUAUUAGAUGCUCUCAACUGUUUAGCUUCCUGUCCAUGGAAAAUUAAUAACACCAUUUUAGACUAUCUUAUUCAAGUGGCACGUUCUGGUGGCAACGAAACUCUCAAUAUUCCCGAAUGGAGAAGUAAACCUAAACGUGUGGAUUUGAGAAAUGAUAUGACCGCCAAAGAACGUCGGCUCGCCUACAGAAAAUACCAUGAGGAUAGACAAGAUUAUGGUGAAUUUUGUUCAUUGUGGAGCACUGAACUGUACAGACUGUCUAUAGCUAAUCAAUAUCGUGACAAAAUUAUUUGGUUUCCACAUAGUAUGGAUUUCCGUGGUCGUGUAUAUCCUUGUCCUCCCCAUUUCAAUCAUACCGGUAGUGAUGUGGCUAGAAGUCUUAUUGUAUUUGCAAAGGGAUUACCUCUUGGUCCUAAUGGCCUAGAUUGGCUUAAAAUACACUUAGUCAAUUUAACAGGUUUAAAGAAGAGAUGCACCCACUCAGAACGUUUAGAAUAUGCCGAUUCUAUAAUGAAUGACAUUAUUGAUUCUGCUGAGAAACCAUUUGAUGGUAGGAGAUGGUGGCAAAAUCAAGCAGAGCCAUGGCAAAUCUUAGCUUGUUGUAUCGAAUUAAAAAACGCUUUGUCACAUCCAUCUGGACCAGAAUCAUAUGUUUCUCAUUUUCCUGUUCAUCAAGAUGGUUCUUGUAAUGGAUUACAACAUUAUGCCGCCUUAGGCCGUGAUCUUCGAGGUGCAAAAUCAGUUAAUCUUACUAGUAUGGAUUAUCCACAAGAUUUGUACAGUGACGUUGUUGAAAUCGUAGAAGAACAAAGGCGUAUCGAUGCUGAUGGCGGGAACUCUAUUGCUAAAACACUUGAAGGUUUUGUUCGGCGUAAAGUUAUCAAACAGUCUAUAAUGACUACGGUUUAUGGUGUUACUCCAUAUGGGGCUACUGAACAAAUCCGUAAACAACUUCGCGACCUACCUGAUUUUCCCAAAGAGUCUUUACUCCCUGCUUCUAGAUAUUUGGCUCGUUUAACACUGAAUAGUAUCGAAAAAGUUUUUACGUCUUCAGUUGAUAUUCAAAAUUGGCUUUGCAAAAUUGCCAAAUAUAUAUCUGGAGAUUUACAACAUAGAGUUAGCUGGCAAACCCCUCUUGGUCUACCAGUUAUACAACCAUAUAUCCAGUCAAAUAAAAGUUCGACUGAUUCUGAUGAUUAUACAGUUAACUAUUAUAGCCAACUUAUUGACAAUAAUCAGAAACUAGAUUUACUAAAGAAUGAUAAAACGGGUGACAAUUUGAUAUCGUUGCCAAAAUCAUCUAAACAGACAAGUGCUUUUCCACCGAAUUUUAUUCACUCAUUAGAUUCAUGUCAUAUGAUGCUAACGGGUUUGCAGUGCUUAAAAGAAGGCAUUGUUUUCGCCUCUGUACAUGAUUGUUUUUGGACUCAUGCAGCUACUGUAGAUAAGUUGAAUCGAAUAUGCCGUGAAGAAUUUAUUGCCCUUCACAGUCAAUCAAUAUUAGGCGAUUUUGCUGAUUAUGCAAAACAAAGGUUUGGAUAUACAGACAAGUACGUUGAUAUUUUUAACUUUAUACGAUUCCAAAGGUAUUUUCAUAUAUUGAGAUGAUGAAGAAAGUUAAAGGCCUCACUCCUGCCUAAAGAUUUUUCCGAUGUUAUGCAGAAGAACAACGAAAACUUCACGACUGACUAGACAAUCCAGCUCAGAAAACGAAAUUCUACCAAGAAGGAUUAUCAUAUAAUUUAUGUCAAUGAAUAGGGCAACAAUCGAGUUUUAUUGUAGAACAAUUUGUCUACACUUAUUCUUAUCGUCAGUGGAUUUUUUUUCAGUACUGCGACAGUAAUAAAACUAACCAUAAAAAUUCCUAAUUAUAAAAUCAAAACUUAUAAUUUACUUGCAGUAACAAUUAAUUAGCACUAAAUUUAGUCCUAAAUAUAAAUGUCUUAAGUAUGAAGGAGUGUAAAUCAACUGGACAAUAAAUCUGCAGUCCAUACGUUGGACUUCGUGUUAGUUGUAGUUUGUUUGUUUAUAAUCUUCUAUUUUUUGCCAGUGCUAAUCGAAGACAAUAUAUUUAGUUUGUUUAAUAACUAUAGUCUUGGUUUAUUUUAUGUUCUACUAGUUUUCUGAUAUAUUUCGAUUAUUAAUUUUAAGGAUAUUGAAUAUGUACCUAGCGUUUUCCAAGUUUCAAGAUAGUAGAUAUCGACCCCCUGUUUAUCUUAUUCUGUUCAAUUUUAAUUUGUUAUGGGAAUCUCCUAAAAAUCUUACUAAUCAGUUAGAUACUACUAAUUUACUCUUGCCAUAAGGAUUCGUAAUCAAAACAAUCAUAUCAAUAAUAAUUUUUACUAACGAUGGACUAACAUAGUGAAAAAUGUUGUUUAUAUUCGUUUAGAAAGAAGUUUGAUUUAUAUAAAAGCCUAGUUACUUUUCUCUUUUUGCGCUUAGCUCAGGAUUUUGAAACAUGACUAACUUGAAAGAAAAAACUAUUGUGACCGCACUAACCACGCUGUUUAGAUAUGAGUAUAGCUCAUAACCAAACCAUCUAAAAUCGAUAACACAUGACGUUUUUUAGUCAGUAAUUACGGGAAAACAAAUACAAGUAAAAAUAUUGAUUAGCAAUGGAAAUUUCGUCAUUCGCUACAUUCAGAGUCACCUUUUUGCCUAAAAAUUUUCCACACUCAAAGCACUUGUCACAUUUUCAUCUUCUUUCAUAUACACAACCUAUAGUGAUCAUUACGUUUGUAAUAUAUCUGCGUUUUUGUCCUAGACAAAUCAAUGAAUUUAAAAGUGGGAAGAAACGAGAUCAGGCAUUGGCUUUCAAUCGUUUACUUUCGAAUCUCCCUAAAAGAGGUCAGUUUCUAGUUGUAUUUUUUCGAAUCUAUUCAUUAAUCGGCAUUCGCUCGAUUUUCUGUUUCUAGUAUUACACAGAACAUUGCAAACAACGUCACUUCAAACAAACGUAGUCCAUAUUUGGGGAUUGUUCCAAUCCCUUAGGAUAAUGUAUAUGGGUAUGGUUGGCCACUGACUCCUUUUAUGUCUUCAUAUCUACGUGCACCAUAUAUUUCUAAAAUCCUAAACAUUUCAAUGAUCAAUAUGACAGCGAAAGUUUUUCUUGUAUUCCUUUCAAACCUAAUUUUUAGUUAGCACGUAAAUAAAAUUACUCUUUUAAAGCUUACUCAUUGGUGUGAAACUAUUGUUCUUUUCUGGUGUUUGUAGAUUUGUUUGUAGUUUUUAUUUUCUAGAUAAAGUUUGAACUUAUCAUCCACCGUUACGUUUACGGUGUUAUGAGAUACACUUUUUGUGCAGAAAACAUUAUUUUAUUUGAGCUUGUGUCCAGUUUCCCCGAACACAAACGGUUCUGUUUUCAUAUCAGCUUCCUGUAAAGAUAUAUAUAUCUAUUUGGAUCAUGUUUCGGUAAAAUAUAGUAAUGGUCAUUUGGAUACGUAUGCAUUCAAAUAACAAGUUUCAUGUAAGACGAGAAUGAUCAUUCUUUAUUCCACCUUUAAUCAUUAUCAAACAGCAUUAGAGUCCAAUGUAUUAGAUAUUAUUCUAUACACUAAUUUAUCAACAUAAUGUUUGGAUAAAUUUAGCCGUAACCAUCACCUCGUCUAACUUCUGUUUUCAAUGAGUAGGAAUUAUUUAAUAUGAUAAUUGUGCAUAAAAUAUGCACUUUUCUAUUUGUAUUCAAUAAUUUACCUUAAUAAACAUUAAACUACUUUUAUGCAUCAAAAUAUAUAAUGUUUCCCUCUAUAUAAUUUAUAUAGGUUCGUUCGAUUUGUCCGAAGUUAUGAAAGCAGAAUAUUUCUUCAGUUGAACAAAUCAUUUGCGUCAUAGUUAUAUACAGAAAAUACACUGUACAUAGAGUUGAUUAGAAUAUUUUUACAUCAUUAUGAGUUUGUAAAUAUAAUUCAACUUUUAUUUA